GAUGUUUACACUCCUGACAGCGGCCUCUGCGGGAGGAGGAGCGGGAGUUGCGGGAGGAUGGGCCGCCGCCACUAGGCUCGCACUCAGGAGUAGUCUCGCUGUGUGCAGGGUGGGUUCCUGCGCCUGCAGUGUCCAAGGGGGCGGCGCGGCGGGAGGUGGCCGAUCGGCUCCUGCCCUCGCAGCCUCAGCCCCCGGCCCGGCAGGCCUCUCCACGGAGGUGCCCAGCAGAGCCGUGGGCUCACUGCGUGUCCCUCGAGGGCGGGAGAACGGAAAACUCUUAACUUCCUGAGUUCUGAAAUUCCUAUUGCUUCAGACAAUGGAUGAGCAAUCACAAGGAAUGCAAGGGCCACCUGUUCCUCAGUUUCAACCACAGAAGGCCUUACGACCGGAUAUGGGCUAUAAUACAUUAGCCAACUUUCGAAUAGAAAAGAAGAUUGGUCGUGGACAAUUUAGUGAAGUGUAUAGAGCAGCCUGUCUGUUGGAUGGAGUGGCAGUAGCUUUAAAAAAAGUACAGAUAUUUGAUUUAAUGGAUGCCAAAGCACGUGCUGAUUGCAUCAAAGAAAUCGAUCUCCUUAAGCAACUCAACCAUCCAAAUGUAAUUAAAUAUUAUGCAUCAUUCAUUGAAGAUAAUGAACUAAACAUAGUUUUGGAAUUAGCAGAUGCUGGUGAUCUAUCCAGAAUGAUAAAGCAUUUUAAGAAACAGAAGAGGCUAAUUCCUGAGAGAACAGUAUGGAAGUACUUUGUUCAGCUGUGCAGUGCAUUGGAACACAUGCAUUCUCGAAGAGUCAUGCACAGAGAUAUAAAACCAGCUAAUGUGUUCAUUACAGCCACUGGAGUGGUAAAACUUGGAGAUCUUGGGCUUGGUCGGUUUUUCAGCUCAAAAACCACAGCUGCACAUUCUUUAGUGGGCACACCUUAUUACAUGUCUCCUGAGAGAAUACAUGAAAAUGGAUACAACUUCAAAUCUGACAUCUGGUCUCUUGGCUGUCUACUAUAUGAGAUGGCUGCCCUACAGAGUCCUUUCUAUGGUGACAAAAUGAAUCUGUACUCACUGUGUAAGAAGAUAGAACAGUGUGACUACCCACCUCUUCCUUCAGAUCACUAUUCAGAGGAACUACGACAGUUAGUCAAUAUGUGUAUCAACCCGGAUCCAGAGAAGCGACCAGACAUCACCUAUGUCUAUGAUGUGGCCAAGAGGAUGCACGCAUGCACUGCAAGCAGCUAAACGUGCAUAAGAUCAUGAAGAAUAUAAAGAAAAUAUUUAAAGUAUUUUUGUGCAAAUCAUACCUCUCCCCGUUUUGUCUGGAUAUUAAGAUUAGUAUUUCAGAGCUAAUGUGCUUUGAAUCCUUAACCAGUUUUCAUGUAAGCUUCAUUUUGUACCAGUCAAAAUCACCUUUAUGGAAACUCAGAAUGUCUUCAGGAUUAUGAAAAUGCAUGUUAGGAAAGCAAGUGAGAGUUUUUUUUUCCCCCCGUAGCUAAAGGCUUUUAGAAUUAUGGCAUUUUCUGCCGAUAGACUGAGUGCCAAAUAUUGGAAGUGCACUUGGCACACAUCAGGAGGGGUGUGAAACCUGAUCAAAAGUAUCUGAAUAUUUGACUUUUGCUUUUUAGUCAUUUAUGGAUAUUGAAAUGAACACCAUUGUGAACCUUUGUGAUUUUUAACAUUUGAAGUAUGUGUCUUAGUUCUUAGCAUUGUAGCUUUCAGAUAUGUUAUUCUAAUAAGUGUAAACAGACUUUGAGAAACAUUUAAAACUCAGCUUAGACAUUCAAAAUGCAACUAUUAAAUGUGAAAAGAUUUGGGGAUGAAAUGUGAGUCAGACACUGAAAAGUCUUUGUUUUGCUUUAAUAUCACUGAUAUUCUCUGCAUUUAAAUGGUAUAAAUGAAUCCAUUUAAAAAGUGGUUAAGGAUUUGUUUGGCUGGUGUGAGUAAUUUUUAAAGUUGCACCUUGCUCAAGGCUUUUGUUUUUAAUAUUUGUACAUUUGAAAAAUAUUUGAAUAAUUUUGCAGUACUAGAUUUCUUUAUAAACCUAAAGGCAUUUUAUCUCAUUGUACACUAUAAUGUAAGCAUAUGUUUUUAUUCAUAGGUUUUGUUAAAGUCCUGACUGGUCCCCUUCAGAAAUUUUUAUAUUCAAGUUAUUUUCUUAUUUAUAUUUUAUGUUCAUUUUAUCCAUUAGUGUUUCAGAUUUUGAGAACAUAAUUCCCUUUUGAGAAAUUUUCAGUAUACCAACAAUUUCUCAGAUUGAAAACUUAAAAUAUUUGGGCCACCUUGUAUACAAGUACUUUAUUUUGUUAGAGGAAGAAAGGAUGUGUAUUAUAAUGUACCUGUGAAUGUUGACAUAGUUUUCAUUUGACAAUGUUAUAAUUUUUAAGUGUUCAAGGAAAUGAAAACUGGCCAUUACUACGGCCAGAAUUGUGACAUUAAUAUUUCUGUUGAGAAACUUGAGCAGAGUACUGUGUAAGCAUGAAGAUGACAGAGAUGGUAAUGCUUAAUAUAGUUCAAGGAAAUGGGUAGAGUUUAGUAAAUGCUGUUAUGGAGAUGUGUUUUCCCUGAAUGUAGCAACCAGUUCUUUACAGAAUUUUCACACCGAGUGGCAGUCACUCUUAAAGGAUGCUGUGCAUGCCACCACAAAGCCUUGGGUUGGAUUAUCUUGCCAACUUGAAAACCUUAUGUUCAGGCAAUACAACUGCUGGCUUCCCCCACCGUAGUUUUCUUAGGCUCAUUUGAAUACUUUCAGACUAUAUACAGGGCAAACAGUAUACAUCUUUCAAUUUGAUAGAAAACACUACCUUUCAGAUAUGUGCAACCUAGGAAUAGGCAAAGGAAACCUGGUGUUUUUAAUGAGGGCUGGAUGCAUUGUAUUUCCCAGAUUCUAAUGACUCAUAACACUUACACUGUGCAUCAAUAGGUUUAUCCCCAGAAGCCUGAACAGAUGUGGUUUUGUUGACCGUUAGUGUCACUGUUGUUUUAAUAUAGUAUAAUUGACUAAGAGAUCUCUCUGGUUAGAACAGAUCCUCUUCCUUGCAGUCUUGAACCCAUGAAUGUAAAGUUCAUUAGCUUAAUUCCCUUGCAGUGACAAGAUUUCUUAGUGAGCCUUUCUGCUGAAAAGUGACUGCGGAGAGUUUGGUCAGAGGAAUGUGUUACUAUUUUCUAUUGAUGCAAACUUCCGUUUCAGAUCUCUUUUUCAUCCUAGUGUUCCUAUUUUUCCUGAAGAAACCACUGGGUAAAAAAAAAAAAAAAAAUCAAAUUUAGAGUGAGAGAAUUUUAAAAAAUUAAUGAUUGCAAGUUCUAAUUGCCUAUGAAUGUUCUGAGAUUUAAACAUUUGAGUUGAUUUGAAAAGUAGAAAUUAGAAGGUACAUCUGAUUCUAAACCUUAUUUAAACAUUGGUACCAGUUACUCAGGGGAAAGCCUCUAGUAACUUUUGUAUGUUGAGGUUUAGGAAUGGUGAAUGAAGGGUAUCUAUAUAAAUAAAGUGCUCAACAACGUGCAAUGAUUGUAAAGUUAGUAAGAUACAGCCAUUUCAUGAAUGCUCUACCAUUCUAUGUAGUGUCUAUUACAAAACACCUUCCUUGUAUUCAUAUACUUCAGGUGUUGCCGUUAACAUUUACCAUGAUAUUUAUUUUAACCAAGAUGUUAUUCACAUUGUUUAUUCUUUAAAAUGAAUGUAUUGUUUAUAACCCAUAAAUACAUAAUUAGUCUAUGCCUCAUAUUUCAAUAGUACUGUAAUAUGGACUUUUGUGAAAUACUUUUAUUUUGUUAUGUUUUAAAUACACUUAGAAAAAGAUCCUGUUACUAGCUUUGAAAAUUGUACAAUCUCCUAAUAUAUAAUAAAACUGAGUACUGUAUAAUUUGUGUAUCUGA